UGCGUAGACAUGCAGGCCUUCAGAUCCGUACAGGCAUAAAAUCAGACCACCGUAUGAUUGAAGGAGGCUGAUUAACUCUGCAGAGUAACGAGAGGAUUUUCUGCCCAAAACCGAUUUUGUUGGGGACUCCUUCAUCUUUUUAUUGUCUGCUGUUAUGCCUGAUUGAUAUCGAUAAAUGCCUAAAUCGGUUACCGGCCUUGACGAGAUGAGCGUCAAUCUUCAGCUGGCUAUGGGGGUGUGUUGUCUCCCCCAGCGUUAUUAUUAGGCCCCCAGCCCGCACUGCCACUACACCGUUUAAAUCGCGUUCGCCUCGCACACGGGACAGGGUUUUUCUAGGGAUGCCGAGCCAUCACCUCGCAGGACCCCUGUGAACCACUCAUUUCAAGACUGGUGGAUGAUAGGGGUGCAUCAUCUUACCAUCGAACACCUGCUAAACACCUGCUGGAUCUAGCAGACGAGUAUUCAGUUGUAAACUAGCUUCAUCAUGUCUUGGAGUCAACUGGAGGAGGAGUUUCACUCCCAUGAAGGUUUGGAGGCGUGGUCAGCAGCUAUGGAGCAGCAAGCAGCCGCCAACGAGAGACAUCGGGUGCAGAAGCGGCAGUUACACCGCACCAACUCGGUAGAGGAAGGGUCCAAUGAUGGCUCAGCGGAGGGGGAAUCAUCUACAGGAUCCAUUGCUGAAGAACCACAGAGUAUAAUCAAACGCGCCAAGACGACCCGUAAGACAGGUGGUAGCAGACGCAGGAAAAGCGGCAACGCUCGGGAAAGGAACAUUCGACGUCUGGAGAGCAACGAGAGAGAGCGCAUGCGCAUGCAUUCACUAAACGACGCCUUUCAGGAUCUGAGGAACACCAUACCCCACGUGACCUGCCAGAGAAAACUCUCCAAGAUCGAGACACUGACACUGGCCAAGAACUACAUCGAGGCUCUGUCAGAUACCGUGGUCAAGCUCAAGUCAGAUCUAGAUGACAUACAGUCCCUGUACGGCCUGAGCAGUAGCAAAGACGUGGAUUCUAACAUGAACCUUGUCGGUAACAAGAAAGAUCUCUUGGACGCUGCAGUCGACAUGGAGGAUAUGCAGCUGAAAUUCUAACAGGAGUCUUGCUCAUCGUGGAUUGGAACAUGGAAAGUCCGUCUCGAAUCGGAACCUUAAACGUCCAGCCUACGUUAAUUGGAUCUAUAUUAUUGACCGAACACCUGACGAGAGGAUUCUCCUCGGCGCAUCAGGACAAGUCGCCCGCGGGUUGGUAGCCCUAAGUUGUGUCAGGUCAUGCAUUGGCUCGUCUUGCCUUGUGAUGUCAAUGCUCUGAGCGGUUUAACAAAAUAAGACCUGCCUGUCAAACAAGUGACAUUUACUCGCUGUCAGACUAUGCAGAGGGAAAACAACAGGACAGGUAGCUGAGGUGAUGACGAUACUCAGGUGUCGACUACUCUUCCAGAAUUGCCAGCCUCGAGUGGUGAGAUGAAAAGGACGUAUGCCUCAGAAACCGGCAGAGUCGAGGUUCUACGCCGGACUGUGAAAUUGUUAGACGUUUCCUCAAACUCUUCUUUUUUUGUGCUUGAGGAAGUGAUGAAAUAGACUUAUAUUUUUGCAAUGAAAAUGAAGACACAGGUGGAUGCUGUUGAGAGGACAAUGCUGAACGCCUAUAUAAGAAAAUGAUUUUGAGAUAAUUGGUUAUGAACAAUACCACCUGUUGAUUCACCUCCCUUCCGCCCUACCAUGAAUUAUCUGCUAAUCUGUGAAUUUUCUUCGUGAUCCUCACUGUAUUUGUCAAAACCGUACUUUGGAACAAGGGCGCAUGCGCUCUCAUUGCUCACAAGGAGGCGAACCGACGACUGUUUCCGGUGUCGCCAAAGGCAUAAAACCAAUUCCCGCGCAUCUCCUACGUCUUCUUUAAUCCUUCAGCGAGGUAGUAUUUUUCUUCUUCUCCUUUCAUCGUUCGCUCGAGAUCGGCCGGGUGCAUUUUAUCGCCUUUGUGAAUGCGACCCUCCGCCCAAGCUCCUUGUGUGCGCUUGUCUCACCUUACUGCGCCUGGGGGUAAAUGACGAGCGAGCAAUGGAGAAAAAAAACACCGGCAUGAGGAACGUGUCAGGAUCGACGUGCAGGUUGAAGACUGGGACAACACUUACCGAUUCCUCCUUUCGGUGAAACAACCAUAUUCACCUUGUUGUUUUUGAAAAUAGAAUUGGUUAAGUAAAGCAGAACACGCAAUCUCACAUAACGUUAAUUGUUAUCUUAAGACUUUAUUUUAUUGUGUGGUAUUUUUUUUUAUAUGUAUAUAUUACAAAGAAUCACGUGGGUCGGGUGCAUUACUAAUGUGAUGUGUAAGGUCUUCGGAGCCAUUCUAAACACGGAUCAAAUGCGUCAGCCGUCACUUCGGCGCACUAAAGGCAUUGAUCAUAUCAGACGAGGCAAGUGCUGUCUUGCAUUAUGCCCAUAAAAUAUGGUGUGAUAAAAUGCGUGCACCACUGCGCAAAGCUUCUAUCUGACAAGCCUGGGUUAUCCUUCUCCGUAAAAUACAAGCUUUUACUGGCAGCACGUUCCAGGUAGUCAUUUUGUUUCAUACUGUCUUGCGAUCAGGCUAUUAUAAAGGACAAUAGAUUAAGUAUUUUAAUGGUUAUUUUCCACUUUGCUGGAGAGCGCUUGUCUAUUAGCUACAGGCGCACAACACAGUUCCUAUAUUCGUCUGCAAUUGAAAUCGGUAAAUGUCAUUUAAAUUUAUGAACUGACAUGCAAAUGUGAAUCGAAUUUAUGUUAAAAACCAGCUUUAAACUCUUUUGUCCUUGAAGGAAAUUUAUUCCACUUUUUUUACAAGUGCACUUUAAUUUCUUUGAUUUGACACAGAGCGUUAUGAUUUUGCUGUCAAUUUGAAAAAAAAUUCAGUAAUUUAAACAAUUAUCGGAAAACGCUGCAUUGAUAAAAGCCGAUUUGGCAUUGAUUUUGGCCGCGUGGCUUGCGCAUCAGGUGUAAAUUGAUCACGUGAUUCGGUUGGGCCAAGACUUCUAGUAAAUAAAUGAUUGAAUAAUGGUAUAACGAUGUCUUCCUUUUGACUAAUGGUGAGCUCACCCUGCGCAUUUGCAUUAAAAAGAAGAAGAAAAAAAGCUGUUUACUUGACAUGGACCAAAAUAAAUAUUUGUCUCACGAUAAUCAUAUCGAUGCAUUUUUGUUUCUGUUGAAUCCACUCAAAAGUAGAUCGUGUAUAUUUGUAGCCUGCGUGUUGUUUCAUGGCUUCUACAUUGAUAGCGUGCAUACAGCCUGUUUUGGUUUUUUGCUUCUAAUUCGUCGGUCUUAGAUAGGUCUAUUAUUGUUAUUUCCGGAACAUGUUUUUGUUUUUAGACAAUUGAGCGAUAAGAGUUGCAUUAUCUUACAUAUGGAUUAUUGUUUUGAAAUAAGUCAAUUCUCUGAUUGCGUCAAUAGCAUUAGAAAUGCUUGCACAUUACCUUGUAAAGUUAGUGCCUUUAAUUGAAGAGUGCGUUAUAAUGCAUAUUAAGGUAUCAUAUAUAGUGUAUUGUGUAGUGCCUGCAGUGUACACAAUUUGGUUUGUACGCAGCACAGACAGGUGAAUCAUAGUAGUCAUUUAGACAGAAAUAUUGACAAGGACAUGUAUGUGACGAACAUGUCAAAUGGUUUUACAUAGGCGAGAAAUAUUGAUUUUUUCAAUUGCUUUGAUGAUAAAAAGUAACCAAAUCCAGUUGCUGCAGUUUUAUCAUGCAUCAAAUGAAGGUGAUUCGUUUAUUAUUAAAAAAAAAUUACAUCUAUUUGGAGGUCACAUGUUUUGGCCAUUUUAGUUGUAAAGGUCGCUCAAGGCACUUAAAAGGUGGUCAUCAACGUGAAUUGGAUCAAGCGGACGGAUGGUCAGCUAAAUACACUGCCCCGUUAAUAUAGACCACCAUCAGCGUUAUUAAUUUCAUUCAUAAUUUCCCUUCCAAGCGCCGUGCGCGCGUGGCCUUUGGACCGCCUAUAGUUUAACCAUCUGACGAUUCGCACAGUCUUUAUUAUAAUAGCAUUGUAGUUCAAACAGAUUCAGGGUAGAUAGAGAAAAUAUCAGUAGAUAGGUGUACAGAGAAUAAGAAAUAAACAACCACACAGCGAGUUUUCUUUUUGCGAGGGAGGCCAAGUAAUGGUAACACGAAUGAGACACGUUCCCAAAGUAAAAUUAUUUCAGUAAUUGAACUCCCUUGUUGUUAUUAUUUAUUUACGUUUUGCUUCGUUUCUUCGCAUUUUUUGUUAUAAAUUCAGAAUUGAUUAUUCUCACCCACGUGUUGAUAACAAAUUGCCUUAGAUUAAGCUCAGUUGUAGUGGUUAAAAAACUUGAAACUGUGUAUUGCUUGAAAUAUAAUACUUCCACAACGUAAUUCAGGGCUGCACAUAGCCUUAUAAACCAGUAGUAUAGAAAGUAAACUAAUAUAUCAUUAUGGAAUAAUGUAAAUGAUUUUAAAGUACGUAAUAUAAUUUCGUAAAUAUAUACAUAAAUAUAUAUUUAUUUAUAUAUUUAUUGAUAUAUAUCCAGUAAGAGAGAUAUAAAUAAUAUGCCGACUGUAUUCUUUGUUAAUGGAAUGGGGGGGGGGGGUAUAAGCUUAGUUAAAAAAAAUUAUGAAUAUUAUACAUAAAAUGGCUUUGCAUAACCACAAACAGAUAUAGUUCAAAAACAAAUAGUUUCAUGUAGUUCAUGUAAACAAUUUCGAGUAAACGGAAAGCAGGCCAAUUUUCUCGGAGUCACACAUGCUGUUAGAAAAUUGUCGGCUAAAAUUUGGAUUCGUGGAAAAAAAGUUCGCAUCGUUGGCACGGUAAACCCUGAUUUUUUUUUGUGACAAACUGUACCUGUUUUAGUAGUGACCGGUUUUAAACGCACUUGGACAAACAACAAUACGAGCUAUUACAAUAUAUUAAAUUCAGUGGUGUUCUUGAUGAAAUUGAUCCUAACAACCUAUGAUUAUUAAUUUGUAGCCAUGCCGUCCAUGAUAUUAAUAUAGAGAGUACGAGGUGUUCUAAUAUGUUGCUCUCCUAAAUUAAGGAGCCAUCUCCGAUAGGCCUAUACAGCUGCAUUUUUAAAGCAUAAUUCCUUUAAAAAAAUAAAAAUAGAAUAUACAAUAAUAAUAAAAAUUUGUAUGUAAAUUAAUAAUAUUAAAAGGUAUUUAAAAAACUGUCGAAGUCAACAUUUCCUUUCAGGAAUUAAACAAGUAAAUUCCAUGGUAAUUGUGGCAAGGCCCAUCUGUAAGAUAGUCAAGUGUUUCUCGUUUGUCGUCGCCUAUCAGAAUUGAUUUCCCUUAAUGAUUAAGACUUGUCCAAUCUUGUUUCACUUACACUAUUACAUCUUCAACUGGCGAAGGAAGACCUUGGCCAUGGACUCUUGCCAUUCCUUUAAAUAAUUCAAGAUGAAUUUGCUGCAACAAAGGCGAAUCUUCGCUUAUGAGAUAAGAAGGCAUAGGCUUAUCCGCCCAGAAUUUUAAUUGAAUACACCCAUGGCACUUCGUUAUUUGUGUAUUAACAAGGGCUGGUUACUCCGUACAGUAGCUGCCUCAAUGCUUCGCCAAAAUUGAGCUGUCCCUAUGAGUGGACGUGUUUCCAGAUUGGUUUACACUAACUGUUUAAUUUAGGAGAAAAACUAAUUAAAAAUGUCUAUAGAAACAAACGGUGAUAACUUAAGCGCAUCCAUGGGUGAAUUUUCGACUACAUAAUGAGAUUUCCCUACAAUGAUCUAAUUAUAAUACUGAUAUUGUCUGGCAAAUUGCUGUACCGACCUUCAAAGCCAACAAGACUGGUGUAUGCUAAAAAAAGGAUUAUAUUUCACAGAAUAGUUGAAACAGGACACUGCGCUAUUCCUACCGUAAAAUGAAACCGAGUGUCGUGGAAACUUGACUUUGUUACCGGAUGUUCGUCGCUACUGAACUCUCUCUCUGCGACGAGCUGAAUACGGAAAUAUUAAUAUCUUAUCCUUGAUCCGUUUUCAAGAAAUAGAUGUUAAAACAUUAUGGUAAAUUUAUUUUUGUCAACGUAAAUUAUACCGAAUGCAAAACAAACUGACAGAGAUGUUGACCAAGAUGUGCAUUGUUGUAAUUAAAAGCGAGCUAUUUAAAGAAAAAAGAGACAGCGUUGUAGUGAAUUUCACACACAAAUCCGGCGACCUUGAGGUGGUUCUUAAAAAUAAUUUGAGGUGGGCGUGUUUUAUACGUAACGCUAUUGGUUAGAAAGAGCAUUGGCUAUCGACGUACGACCCGCGUGCCAGCAUGGAGCCAUCGCUGUAUUGUCUAGUAUUUGUGGCUGCAUGCUGGAGAAAACUUUGGAGAAAACUGCCCAAUUUGUUGUAGUGAUGAAUCUUAAUUUCAUUUCGUCACAGUACGAUUUGACAUUCAAACUAUAAAAAACACCUGUUUUAAAUCAUUGAGCAUGUCUAUGUAAUGGGUAGUUGGGUAAUUUAUAAAUUAAUUAAUUAUGAUUUUUUUUAUUCAAAAGUUCUCUCAAGAAACAAUUGAUAUCUUCUUGAAAACGACCGAAUGUCAGAUGAAACCAUUUUUUUUACCAAGUAAUGUUUUGUUAUUUAUUUUCAGUCAGAUUUGUUUUCAGAUAAUUACUGAUGAUGUGACAUGCAUGAAUUCAAAUGUGACGUGUGAAUUAUUGGAAGUAUUAUGAUAAUACAUGAAGAUCAUGGGUUGUAUCGUCUCGAGAAGCUUUUGCGUCUUUUGGAACCUGAAUUAUCACUCCGGGAAGUCAGUAUUAAUGACAAUUGGUUAGUCUUAUAUAAGGUAGAACUGCGUUUUUUUGUUGCCUUCACAGUGAACACAAAAUGACCUAUCCUUCUCUAUCAGCUAUACUCAAAAGCUUUCAUCCACCAAUCAGUGUUCAAGAAUCACUGCUGGAAGCAAAGUGAUUCCUUCGACAUCUAGUAGUUAAUCUGUUGUUUUUCUUAAUUAUUUUUGUUUUUAAAUUAAUGUAUUUGUAAUUUAUGUUGAUUUAUUUCAGUCAUACGUUUGUUCAUAGGUCAAAUUUUAUUGUUCAAUUUAAAUCGGGAGUAUGAAGCGAGGAAUUCAUGCAUGAAAGGGAAAAGACUUUUCCACAAACGCGCAACAAAAACAAAUUGAUGUUUGCGCUUGUGGACAAAACGUGUCUAUAUCUCCCUCUGCCCUAUUCCUUCUGUCUGUGGUCCGAAGUAUCAAAACACAGUGUAAUUUAAUAAAUUCAUUAUUAUGGUCAGGAGGAUGAUUCUAUGUCACAAAUAUUGUUUCGAUUAGAUUAUCAACCGAACAUUCCGCUGUAAAUUGAAUGGAACAGUCCUUGAUCAUGAUAUGGAGUAGUAAUAAUAUUCUACAACUAUUUCUUAAA